AUGAUAAGACUAUACAAGCCCCUUCAGCGAAUAAUACCCAAGUCAUCAUGGAGUGUCUCCAGCUUCCGCUGUGCUUCUAACACUUCCACUUCCUCUCCUAUUGUAGAGAAGAGAUUGAACCUUGAUAAAGAAAAUUAUAGAAAAGAACUCCAGGAGAGAAUCGCCAAAAUUCCCAUAGAAAAUUAUAGAAACUUCAGUAUAGUGGCGCAUGUUGAUCAUGGGAAGUCUACGCUUUCAGAUAGACUUCUUGAACUUACCGGUGUUAUUCAAGAAGGUGAUGGGAAUAAGCAGGUGUUAGAUCGAUUGGAUGUAGAGAGAGAACGUGGAAUUACUGUUAAAGCGCAAACUUGUUCUAUGUUUUUUGUAGAUCCCAAGACCAAAGAAGAAUAUUUAUUGCAUCUUGUGGAUACCCCUGGACAUGUAGACUUUAGAGCGGAAGUUUCAAGGUCCUAUGCCUCUUGUGGGGGUGCAUUACUUAUCGUCGAUGCAUCUCAAGGUAUACAGGCACAGACAGUUGCAAACUUCUAUUUAGCAUACAGCUUGGGGUUGAAAAUGAUCCCAGUGAUCAAUAAAAUCGAUUUAGACGCGGCAGAUAUCCCCAGAGCAAUUGAACAAGUGGAAAAUACCUUUGAAUUACCCCGUGAAGAUUGUCUAUCAGUGAGUGCUAAAACUGGUUUGAACGUAGAGCUGAUCAUCCCCUCAAUUGUCGAGAAAAUGCCUUCUCCUACAGGAAAUUCAAGUAACCCAUUGAAGGCGCUUUUAGUGGAUUGCUGGCAUGACCCAUACGUAGGAGUGGUGAUGUUAAUUUAUGUUGCUGAUGGUACUUUAAAAAAAGGUGACAAGUUAAUUUCAGCUCAUUCGGAAAAGCGUUAUGAUGUGAAGGAAUGCGGUAUUAUGUAUCCAGACAAGAUUCCAAUGGACUGCUUAAGAUCAGGUCAAGUAGGCUAUGUAAUUCCCGGGAUGAGAAACCCUCGUGAAGCUAUGAUUGGUGAUACGUUCUUCAAGAUUGGCCAACAUGAAGGUGGAAUUGAACCUUUGCCUGGUUUCGAAGAACCUAAACCAAUGGUUUUUAUGGGUGCUUUCCCAGCAGAAGGUGUGGAGUUCAAAGUUAUGAAUGAUCAUAUGGAGAAUUUAGUGUUAAAUGAUAGAUCUGUAACUUUGGCGAAGGAAACAUCUUCUGCUCUUGGCUUGGGUUGGAGAUUGGGAUUUUUGGGAUCUUUGCAUGCCCUGGUGUUCAAAGAAAGACUUGAAAAAGAAUAUGGUGCCAAGAUCAUUCUCACUGCUCCUACAGUACCUUAUAAGAUAGUUUAUAAACUGGGAGAAGAGAAAGUUAUUACCAAUCCAGAUGACUUUCCAGAUAUAGAUGAAAAGCAUAAAGUUGAAAAGCUUAUGGAACCUUAUGUGGGAGCGAUUAUCACAGUACCUGGAGAAUAUGUCGGAACCGUGAUGUCAUUACUUGACAGCAAUAGAGCAAUAUCAGAAGAUGUAGAGUACUUAACAAAUGGACAAGUAAUAAUGAAGUAUGAAAUUCCUCUAGCACAUUUGGUUGAAGAUUUAUUUGGGAAAUUGAAAGGUUGUACAAAAGGAUAUGGAUCAUUGGACUAUGAAGACGCCGGCUACAAGAAAUCAGAUAUAGUCAAACUUGAACUUUGUGUUAAUGGUCAAUCUCAAGAUGCUUUGGCUCAAGUUAUGCACAGAUCACAAGCCGCCAGUAGAGGGAGAGAAUACGUUGACGAAUUUAAGAAAUAUCUUAGAUAUGAACUUUUUGACGUUGCAAUCCAAGCCAAAGUAAACAACAAAGCAGUUGCAAGAUCAACAAUAAAAGGAAAAAGAAAAGACGUUACAGCCAAACUACAUGCUGCAGAUAUCUCCAGAAGGAAGAAGUUGUUGGAAAGACAGAAGGAAGGGAAAAAGCAAAUGAAGGCCAACGGAGUGGUGACUAUUAAACACGAAGCUUACCAAGCAUUCUUAAGAAGAAGUGGAUAA